UACAUAUCCCAGAAUCCAUUCGUAUUGCGGAAGUGUUUGGAUUCGUGUGGUUGUAGAAGACAAUUGAGUGUCUCUGGUAUGGACAGGACUUCGGGGCAUGACUGAUAAUUGGAGGGGCUUUGAUCCGAGAAAACAGACUGACUGCAAUAUUACUGGAGUGCUUCUAGGUAUGGAACAGCAGGAAGACUUUUUUGACUGUGAGGAAAAUGUACAGGAACAAGGUAAACUAUUACAUGAUUAUGCAACAUCACAACCAGGAGCAGGUGAAGGAACUGACAAAGGUUCACAGAAUGGGACACCACCAAGUUGUGGAGACUCGGCCAGUUCAAGUGAGUUAAACAAAGAUUUUGAGGAGUUAAGUGUGAAAGGACCUGAGGGGGAAUCGAGUGAAUUUACUAAUGAAGAGAGAGACCAUAGCCUUGAUGGACAGGAAGGCCUAGCUGAAGAGGAGGACUGGACAGAAACAGAACCUGAACUGAAAGAAGAACUUAGUCCAGAGUUUGAUGAUGAGCGCCUGAAAGAGAUAGAAAAAGACCUAACAGAGGAAGAGAAAGAGCACAGACGAAAAGAAAGUGUGUCUCUGAAGGAAAAAGGAAACAGCCAGUUUAAAAAAGGAGAGCAUGUUGAGGCUGAAGAGUCAUAUACGGCUGCUUUGCAUAUUUGCCCUGUAAGCUGCAGUAAAGAAAGGUCAAUUCUCUUCUCAAAUCGAGCUGCUGCUCGCUCACAUCAGGAUAAGAAGGAAGAAGCCAUCAAGGACUGCACAAAAGCUAUAGAACUGAAUCCAGACUAUGUGCGUGCAAUUCUGCGGAGAGCUGAACUCUAUGAGAAGACGGAUAAGCUGGAUGAGGCCCUGGAGGAUUACAAGAGUGUUUUAGAAAAAGAUCCAAGUCUUCCAGUGGCCAGGGAAGCAUGCAUGAGGUUACCGCAGCAGAUUCAGGAGCGCAAUGAGAAACUAAAGGAGGAGAUGAUGAGUAAACUGAAGGACUUGGGCAAUAUGAUCCUGCGUCCAUUUGGCCUUUCUACGUCAAAUUUCCAGGUCAACCAGGAUUCCAGCUCUGGAUCCUACUCUGUUAACUUUGUGCAGAAUCCUGGUAAUAACAGAAGAUAACACUAUGGCCAUACCUCUGCUUUGAAAUAUAUAUAUAUACAUAUAAAAAAAGCCAAAAGCCACAACAUCAUGCCCUGUUGUGCUUCUGUGAGUGUUCUGCUACUAAUAUAAAGGGGAAUGGCAAGUGUAUUUGAAGUGGCGUAGUCAUAUUCGCCCUCUCAUGGAUCACCAAGUAUCAAAAUCUACAUUUAUUGAUUAAUUUGAUGUAGAUAUGGUUGUAAUCUUAUCGUCCAUGUCAUGUUGUGUCUAAAAGUGCAAUUGCUGUUGUUACUGGCUUUCUCUGGACAGUUGAAAUACUGAGUGAUUUUACGUGUCCAAAACCACCACCAGGAACUGUGUGGCAAAUUUACUGUGGACUUGAUCACAGUUUUGUACUCUGCAAAAUCUUGUAAUUUUUGAAUCCAAAAAAUGUCAUGAUGUACGCACAAGCAUACACAGAUUAAUGCAGACAGUAGUAGACCAUCUAUUGAAAUAACAUACAGUAGUGAGAACCAUGUCUACAUUGUAAGACUGCAUGCUUGUAAUAAAGGAGCUGUCUUGUUUUGAA